AUGAAUGUCCUGCAAAGGCUAAGUGAUAUUUUAGCCAAAGAUGGUGUCAAGACGAGCGUUCUCCUUCGAGAGGAUGUUUUACCGAGUAUGUUCGAGAGUGCAAAAUCCACCGUCAAGGUAAAUAAACGAAAUAAUGUUGUGAAAGAGAUACCAUCGAAGGAUGUUACCAUUAAGGAAAAUAUUCAUCUUGUUGGUAGGGGGUCAAAUCUUUCCAAGAAGGUUAGCAGGGAGUAUCUGUCGCCAUUGCAAGGUCAUUCUAUAGCGCGGCAUAAUAUUUUAAACAAUUACGAUGAUGCAAAGGCUUCAAGAAUGCAUAGCUGGAUAGAAACUGUUGAGAAAUCUCCUAAUUCCCAAGAAGUCCUCUUCACAAAGUUUCGUCAAUUUACUGGUGAUAUGCUUGCCGCCCUAAUAGCGUGUAGUCCACCGAGAGUUAAAAUCAAUUCUCAAAAUUUGACAAGAAAUUACCUGAAAUACAGCACUGGAGAAGUACCACGAAUACCUAAUUUCCAAGAGAAUCCCGGGCUUUUUGAAGAUUAUAUUGGAUUACUUACCCAUACGAGAUUUCUUCACAAGAACUCAUCUAGUACUAAUGGGAUAGUCCCGAAGAUUUUAAGAAAUCUAAUGCAUCCAGCAAAUAUAAAGACUUUACAUUUAAGAACUACUAAAUGCUACAAUGAUAUGAUGUACUAUUUUAGUGAAAAAUUCGAUUUUGCCACAUGUCGAGAGUUAUUCGUACAGAUGAAAGUUGAGAAUGUACCGCCCAACACUGUCACCUAUAAUCUUUUACUGCGAAGUGUUCUUAAAAAUUCGCAUAUAAGAAAGAAUAAAUUUCCAGAUGAAGAAGUGCUGUUUUACCUCAAAAGUAUGAAGAAUCGAGGAAUAGAAGCGGAUUCAGUGACAUGGACCACAUGUUAUAAUUUUUUGAAAGAAGAUGUCUCGAGAUUAUUGUUUGUAGAACAGCUUCAGGGACGUGGCGUACCCCUUACCAGAGAUUUUAUUUACACGGUUCUGCGUAACGGUGACUACAAUUCUACUGAAUGUCUAAAGUUUCUUACCAAUAAUAAAAUCCCAUUAGACUGUAAAAGUUUUAAACUAUGUGUGUCUCGAUUGCUACAAGAGGAUCGUGUUGAUGUUGCUUGGGUCUUCUUAGAGUAUACUCUAAAGAACUCUGGUAGAGCCUUUAAAUUAGGUGCUGAUAUUUUGAAUGAAUUUCUCAGGGUAUUUUCCGCCAAGGGAAGAUUAGAUUUAUGUUUAAUGACUUUUAACACAUGCGUUCAGGAUAGAGGUUUGAAACCUGACGUCCACACAUUCGACAUGUUAUUCAAAUCUUUAGUUAGAAAUGGGUAUCAUAAGAAUUUCUGUGUUAUGCUAACAUUCUUACAAAAUUUGAAGAAAAAAUAUGGAUUUGAGAAAAGAACUAAUUAUUGGUUCAUUAAAGCCCAAUCUAUGGCAAAAUUCAAUAUUGAACCUCAAUGGCGUCAUGUUACGCCUGAACAAUUACAAAGAGCUCAACGUUGGGUAGCUUUGUUAAGAUGGGGGGUUGAUACGAAUACUUUUAGUACGAAGGUGUGGUCAACUCAUGGUACUCAGUUCAGAAAUGCUCUCAGGUUCAUCGGAUGUAUACCAUUGUCCUACCGUAAUAGUAUUCAACAAGAUACUGCACACCUUACGAGACGUAAAUCGGAAUACCGCCGAAGAAUCCGUCACAUUGCUCUACAGAAUGCUCUCUUGAAAAGAGUCCCCUAUGCAAAGGACUGGUAUGGAACUUUGAGGAAGGAGCUAAAAGAGAGGGGAGUUGUAGCCUAA